AUGGACGAAAUCAAAGAGCAAACGAAAAGCAUCCCGAACCUCACCCAAGAGACCCACGAUCGAUGGUUUCGACAAAUGAAAAUACAAUUGAAAGGAAAGGAUUGGUUCUAUACGAUUGAGUCUACAUUGCAAGAGCAUGCUAAGGUUGGAGGAGUUGGGAUGGAAGUCGAUGGUACCGAAGUUUUCCCGAUCCUCGAAGGAAGCAAAGUCGUGAACAUCAGGCUUAACCUCGAUAAGAAGGCCAAAUAUUUGAAAGAUGAAGCUAGUGCACUAUCGUACAUGUGCAGAUCACUCAGUGACGACGAUGAAGCGCUUGUUGAUGAGUACGAUACAGCACGAACAUUAUGGAACUACCUGAAGUCAAAGUACUCAAGAACUAGUGAUAUCACAGCCAAUUCGUACUUAACAAUGAUCCAAACAUUUACCUUCAAGCCUACUAGCCAUCCAGAGAUGACCGUUAUUGAAGCCUGGGAUAAACUGAAAGAAUACCGACGCAAGCUUGGUGCUGCCAACCCCGCAUUCAAGGAUUCAUACAGAGACGAAGCUCUAUUUUUAGUUCUGACUAGAAGCCUACCAAGCGAAUACCAAACAACAAUCGAUGCUAUGAGCGUUCAAAGCACGCUAGCAGUGGAAGACAAGAUCAAAUAUCUCACAGCUAAAGAACUCAGCAUUCAAGAGACAGAACAAGCCCAUACUGCUAGCGGAAAGUACGUAAUCCCAAAUCGACGAGGAGAACGCAGAGGAUCAAGCCCAUUUGCAAAGCAAGAACAAGACGAUGAAGCCAAAACCUAUGUUUGCCACCUGUGUGAGCACGAAGGGCACUUUCUACGUGAUUGCAAAGAUCUCACACUCGCACAAGCUCUGAUCCGCAAACACUAUAAAGCCCAGCAACGGAAAGCAACACUUAGAAAGACAACCAAAGUGUCAUUUCCUAAGAAAAGAAGUAAUCAAGCUCAUCUUGCAGAUGGCGAAAGUCUUUUAGUUGAUCUCGAUUCAUCAGAAAGCGAAGAAGAGUCUGAUGACGAAGAGUGCCAUGUCUCUAAAGAACUCAUUCGUAAGACCACCCCUUCUCGUUGGUACGCAGAUACCGGCGCUUCCUCACACAUGUCUGAUCAACUUUCACUCUUUAGAGAUAUCAAGAAGAUAAAGAGAAAGACGAUAAAAGUUGGUGGGGGAGUUAUGUACUGUGAUCGGAUAGGUACUGCUGCAAUGGAGCUAGGAAAUGGUGGUAUGGUUUUACUCUCAAAGACGUUGUAUGUACCGGGAUUAGGAGUCAAUCUCCUCUCCGGCAAGAAGAUCUGUGAAGCUGGACUCAAGGGCAGGUUCAAUUCAGAUCGUAUGUACUUUCGAAAGAAUGGAAUAAAUAUCAUCAAAGCAAAAAUGGAUAGAGGAAUUUAUAUGAUCUCGGAUAUCGCGAAAGGAUAUGAAGAUGUCGCUCUACAGAGCACAGAGAUUAUUAGUGAUAUUGAAUCGAACGAGAUCACUCUAGACACCUCCUUAGACAAGAACAAAAAGGAUCUAGAAACUUAUCUACUAUGGCACAGACGAUUUAACCAUCUUGGCCCAGAGAAAAUACGGAAUCUCCAUAAAGUUACUACACUGGGAAAGCCGAUCAAAGUCCCAUCCAAAAUCCCUGUAUGCGAAGUGUGUGCGCUCACCAAGAUGAAGAAUCUAAUCCCAAAACAACUCAGUCCUCACAAGACGAAAAGAUUAGAGCUUAUUCAUUUUGAUAUCGCUGGCCCAUUCCCAAGGUCUUUACGAGGAAACCGCUAUUUCCUAUUGAUCAUAGACAGCUGGACAAGAGUGAAUUGGAUUUUGACCUUGAAGACAAAAGAUGAAGCUAUACCGAGAUUGAAGAAAUGGAAAACCGAAUUAGAACUUGGCAUUGGUGAUGAGAUAGUAGCCGCUCGAACUGAUAAUGCACCAGAGCUAAUCCAAGCCGUUAAGGAGUGGAACUCUGGGACCCGAUCAGAACUGACUACCGUAGCAUCAUCUCAUCAAAAUGGAACUGCUGAAAGAAACAUCGGCACUGCCGAAGCCGAUAUGAGAGCUAUGCUAAAGGAAGCUGGAUUGCCAUUGGAAUUCUGGGACGAAGCUGUUGAAUAUGAUGCACACUGCAGGAAUAGAACGAACACUGGACCGAUCAUUGACGACAGCGUUGUAAGCCCAAUCGAAGCGUUUACUGGAUCAACCCCCGACAUCACCCAUUGUAGAGUCUGGGGGAGCAAGUGUUAUGCAUAUAUCAAUCCAAAGACAAUCCCGAAGGACCAACGGCACGACAAAUUACGAGAUACAGCUCGAGUAGGCAUCUUUAUGGGAUACUCGCACACGACCAAUAAGCAUGUUAAGGUGUACUCGCCAGAGCUAGGCUACACUGUACGAGCAAGCCGAGUGACUAUAGACGAAUCCAAAAAGGGCGGAGACUUAGACCUAAGAAUAAGAAACUCUGUAUCAGGACCCCAAGGUACAAAAAAUAUCAUCCCUGAUAGGAGACCCAGAGGUAGACCUCACAAGGUACAAGAAGUACAAGAAUCCCCACUCGAAUCCUUACAAGAUACUGCUACCCCUGAACCCCCGAAAGUAGUAAUUCCCAGCGCAUCUAAAGUAGACAAUAUCCAGCAAUUCAACGAAGACAGUGAAGGGAAUAUCAUCGAAAUCGAUCCAUCCACAGACCCAAUACUAUCUCCAGGAACAAAAGAGAUAGACAUACUAGAUACUGCACCUGUAACCAAUCAAUCCUCAACCGAAACCUCAACUACACCUAUGGAUAUAGACACCCCUGAAAGAUACUCUUUUCGGAAACGCAAGCGAGACGAUAGUGAGCCAGAUGAGCAUGUCCAGAAACUGAUAAGAGCAAUGAUAGCGAUACUCUCAGCAGACCCUGAUGGAAGUGCUAUCGAACAUGCUAUGAUCUCCAUACCCCUUACAUCUAGGAUCGACCCGAGCGUUAAAACAAAACUAUCCGAAAACCUUCAAGUGAUCUUAGGGAGCUCUACAGACGAGGAUACAGCUUUCCCCGCAGAACAGAUUCUAGGAAUCCCUAUUCCUAACACAUAUAAUCAGGCAGUCUCGGACCCUGAAUAUGGUGAAAAAUGGAAGCGAGCUAUCGAAGAGGAAAUCAGCUCAUUGAUUGCAAAUGGUACCUGGGAAGAGUAUAUUCUGCCGAAAGGAGGGAAUCUUGUUUCAACAAAAUGGGUAUUCACAAUAAAGACGAAGGACAACAAGGUCGAGAGAUUCAAAGCACGGCUGGUAGCAAGAGGGUUUAGUCAAGUUCUCGGAAAAGACUACAAUGAGACCUUCGCUCCUACAGUACGACUCGAUACACUCCGUUUGUUCUUAGCGAUCGUUGCGAAAGAGAACUUGGAAUGCUGGCACUUCGAUAUAAAGAACGCUUUUACAGAAUCUCAUCUCAAGGAAGAAAUAUACCUCGCGCCACCUCAAGGAGUCAAUGUAUCAAAUGGGUACGUUUUACGCGCAUUGAGAAGUUUAUAUGGCCUUAAGCAAGCGGGACGAGAUUGGAGUCAACUUCUAAAGUCCGAAUUGAUCAAUUGGGGCUUCACUCAGAGUCUCGCUGACCCAUGUCUCUAUACAUUCGCCGCUCGCCAACUCAAUUUGCUAGUAUAUGUUGAUGAUAUAAUUGCCUCCUCGACUUCAAAGAAUCAACUCGAUUGGUUCUCUGUAAUACUCUCCUCGCGCUUCAAUGCCAAGAACCUGGGGGAGAUUAGUAAGAUUCUAGGCAUUAGAGUUAUAAGAGAUCGAGCAAACAGAUCACUCACAUUGGACCAAGAAGAGUAUCUGGAAGCUAUGCUAACCAAAUUCGGAAUCUCGCACGCUCAGCACCAUGCUAAGAAGAUACCCGCUGCCGACUACUCAUGUUUACGACCCGCUACUGAAGAUGACGAACUGAUUGAUGUUACUGAAUAUCAACAAGCCAUAGGUAGUCUUAUUCACCCAAUGGUAUACACAAGACCAGACAUCUCCUUCGUACUAGGCCGGCUAUCACAGUACAUGGCAAAGCCAGCAAAAUGCCAUGGGAUAGGAGUAAAGAACCUAAUGCGAUACCUGAGAGCUACGAUCACUCAGAAACUCAAAUAUGGACCUGAGGGAGUACAGUACCAAAUCGCAAAGGAAUACAACCUAUCAGCAGAUACUAUAAAAGUCUUCACUGACGCAGAUUGGGCAAGUGAUCGAUAUGAUCGGAAAAGUAUUUCUGGGGGAGUUGCUAUGUUUUAUGGAGGACCGAUAUCGUGGGCUAGCAAGAAGCAGAAUUCAGUAGCAACGUCAAGUGCUGAGUCCGAAUACAUAUCAAUGGCGAUGUUCACCAAGCAAGGGAGAUGGUUAGCUCAAAUGCUCAAAGACCUUGGAAAGGCGGAAUACGUAUCUACACACGGAGACACUGUUCAGAUACUAGGCGACAAUCAAGGAGCAAUAGCUCUAACCAAGAACCCGCACCUGCAUGAGCGAUCAAAGCAUAUUGAUAUAUGCUACCACUUUAUCAGGGAUCUUACUGAAAAAGAAAAGGUAGUGACUAGCUAUAUCAAUACGUCAGAUAUGGUAGCAGACGGGAUGACCAAACCCCUAGCAAGAGUAGCAUUCGAAAGGUUCAAAGAGAUGUUAGGAUUGAGACAAUAG